GAUAAGGAGCUCGGGAAGCCGCGCGCGCCACUCCUCCUCCGCCUCCCAUGUCCGCCGCCGCCGUGCAGCCCGUGCUCCCUUCCUCCUCCUCCUCCUCCGCCUCAACCGGAGGUCAGCAGCAUGGCAUCCUCACCGCCGACCGCGUGGCGGGGCUGCUCACCGGCUACGCGACCCUCCGCCGCACCGGCGAGCUCCACGCCGCGGCGGUCCGCGCCAGCGUGGACGGCGACCGGGCGGUGGGAUUCCGCCUCCAGCGCGCGUACGCCGCCUCCGGCCGCCUCGACCUCGCGGUCACGCUCCUCCGCCGAACGCAGGACCCCACUGCCGUGUUCUACACCUCCGCCAUCCACGCCCACUCCUCCCGCGGCCUCCACCUCGCCGCGCUCGCGCUCCUCUCCGAGAUGCUGAGUGGAGGCCUCCUCCCCACCUCGCACACCCUCUCCGCCUCCCUCCCCGCCUGCCACGGCCUCGCCCUUGGCCGCGCCCUGCACGCGUAUGCCUUCAAGCUGGCGCUCACCGGCGACUCCUACGUCGCCACCGCUCUUCUCGACAUGUACGCGCGGGCAGGCGACGCCGAAGCAGCGCGCGCCCUGUUCGACGAAAUGUCCGACCCGCACAUCGUGUCCGUCACGGCGAUGCUCACCUGCUACGCCAAGAUGGGGACGCUCGACGACGCACGCGGGCUGUUCGACGGGAUGCCCCACAAGGACUUCAUCUGCUGGAACGCCAUGAUCGACGGCUACACGCAGCACGGGAGACCGAACGAGGCGCUCCGGCUGUUCCGACGGAUGCUGCGGUCAGGUGUUGACCCCGACGAGGUGACCGUCGUGCUGGCACUUUCUGCCGUCGCGCAGCUCGGCACGGCAGAGUCCGGGAAGUGGCUGCAUUCCUACGUCAAGAACAGCCGGCGAGUUCGUCUCAAUGUCAGGGUUGGCACGGCGCUCAUUGACAUGUACUGCAAGUGUGGCAGCUUGGAGGACGCCGUGUCAGUGUUCGACAGCAUCGCCGACAAGGACAUCGUCGUCUGGAACGCCAUGAUCAACGGCUACGCAAUGCACGGACAUAGCAGAAAGGCACUGGAGAUGUUCCCGCAGCUCCGGGCUCAGAACCUCUGGCCAACUGACAUCACCUUCAUCGGCUUGCUCAACGCCUGCAGCCAUUCUGGGCUUGUCGACGAGGGCCGCCAGUUCUUCCGAUCAAUGGAGGAGGAGUACGCCAUUGCGCCCAAGAUCGAGCACUACGGUUGCAUGGUCGACCUCCUCGGCCGUGCCGGCCUCAUAGAAGAAGCAUUCCACCUCGUCCAGAGCAUGGCGAUCGCCCCCGACGCCGUCAUGUGGGUGUCACUGCUCGCUGCGUGCCGGCUUCACAAGAACAUGGCGCUAGGCCAGCAGAUCGCCGACUACCUCGUUGCGGAGGGGCUCGCCAACUCCGGCAUGUACAUCCUCCUGUCGAACAUCUACGCGGCGGUCGGGAACUGGGAAGAGGUCGCAAGAGUAAGGUCCAUGAUGAAGGCCAGCGGCAUCCACAAGGAGCCCGGGUGCAGCGCCAUUGAGAUCGGCCGCAAGGUGUACGAGUUCGUCGCCGGCGACAUGAGCCACGGGCGCAACGGUGAGAUCUACGCCAUGGUGGAGAAGAUGAAUGCGCUCGUGAAGGAGCAGGGGCACGUUCCUCGGACCGAGCUGGUGCUGCAUGAUCUUGACGAGGCGACCAAGGAGAAGGCGCUGGCCGUCCACAGCGAGAAGCUCGCCGUUGCGUUUGGGCUCAUCAGCACGGCGCCCGGGGAGACGAUCAAGAUCGUCAAGAACCUGCGUGCGUGCUCCGACUGCCACGCCGUGUUGAAGCUGAUGUCGAAGAUCACCGGCAGGAAGAUCGUGUUCAGGGACAGGAGUAGGUUUCACCAUUUCGUCGAUGGGUCCUGUAGCUGUGGGGAUUACUGGUGAUGCCGCCAUGGCGUCUCAUUGCUCAUAGGGCUGGUUUGCUUUUCACAUUGCCAGAUCUUUGUACGCCUUAGAGUAGAAAAAGAUAGAGAAUUGAUGUUCAGCUUUGCGCCAAAAAUUAAGCCCAGACAGGGAAGGAAACGAAAGAAAAUCAAGCUAUGCCGCUCAAACUUCAAGUGUAAUUCUAGGUAUGCAUCUUUGCACAAUUUCAUGCACCAGGAGCCAAAAACACCAGCCUAAAAACAUCCAUAUUAUAACCUGAAACAAAACACCAGCCCAAAGUGGCACAAUCUGUCCCCAUGGCAAGGAUUAGUUGGCACACUCAAUACCGAUUAAAGAGUAAUAAGGUAGUAAGUUACUCAUUCCAGGAUAAUUCAAAGAGUUACAGGGUACUCGUUGUCUCAUUCCAGAAUUUAACAAAAGAGGUAACAGGGUACUCAUUGUCUCAUUCCAGAAUUUAACUAAAGAGGUAACA